AUGGUACAGCUUCCGAUAGUGCACUGGAACGAUGUCUACAGAGUUCGACCUCAAAAGAUCGAUCCAACAUCCCCCGAGACCAUCGACUCCACCCAAUUUGCAGCUCUUCUGGAUGAUAUACGGGACAAGUGGCAAGAAAGACUCGAUGGUAAGAAGGAUGGGCUGUCGCUGUUCUCUGGAGAUGUCUUCGCACCGUCAGUAGAGAGUUCCGUCACGAGAGGAAGCCAUAUGGUACCUGUGAUGAACCAGAUGGCUCCGGAUGUGUCUAUGGCAGGGAAUCAUGACUUUGACUUUGGUUACCCUCACUUGUCAAAACUCAUCAAAGACACCAAGUUCCCUUGGCUUCUUAGCAACAUAGUGGACAAUAGUACUUCUCAAGUCCCAGAGCAUGUCUAUGAAUUUCAAGUGCUAGAACGAGCUGGCGUUCGAAUUGGAAUAAUAGGCCUUGUAGAGAAGGAAUGGAUCGGAACUGUUAACUCGUGGCCUUCGAAUUUCGAGUACAGAGAUGCUGCUGAUGUGGCUCUAGACUUGUCAAGAAAACUUCGGGAUCCGGACGGCGAGUACAAAUGUGAUCUCAUCAUCGCGCUUACACACGCUCGGUAUCAACGCUGUCAGGAUGUCGCUCUGGCCAAGAAGCUCAAAGCUCUGACUCCUCGCGCCCAAGAUUCGAGCUUUGUCAGAUCUCACGGAGUGGAUAUGAUCUUGGGAGGACACGACCAUCUCUACUUCGUCGGCAAAGGCGUGGACUCAUGGGAAAACUACGAUCUUACAACUAAGGUCCUUGGUGGCGAAGACGACGAGGGUGACGUACUUAUCGUUAAGAGCGGAACUGACUUCAGAGAUCUUAGCGAGCUGGUGCUGGACAUAGAGGAUGUCACGGACGAAGGUGCCGUCAGGAAUAAAGCCAUCCGAAAGAUAACAGGUAUACACCAUGAAAUCAAGCCUGGAAUGCGAUCCUGCGACAAGCUCCAGAAGAUCCUUGAUAGCGUUCUAUCGGUCGUCGACUCGAACUUGGGCUCUCCCCUAUGCAAGCUCGCCACUCAGCUGGAUGUCCGAUCGCAGUUCAUCCGCGUUGAGGAGUCUGCUUCAGGGAAUUGGUUCGCAGAUAUCUUGCGCCAUACAUAUGAUGAUGCCCUAUGCGUGAAAGGCGUCGAUGGGGGUGCUGACGGUGUAUUCAUAUGUGCUGGAAUGCUGAGGGGCGACUCAGUCUACGGCCCAGGGUAUCUGACGAUGGGAGAUGUUCUGGAAAUUCUUCCGUUCGAGGACCCACUGGUCGUGAUUGAAAUAGAUGGUCAUACCUUAUGGGAGACCCUCGAAGUUUCUCUCGUGACGUGGCCUGCGCAAGAGGGCCGAUUCCCCGUAAUCUCAGGCUUCCGUGUCGAAUGGGACUCGCGCAAGCCUCCUGGUCAACGCGUCUUGAACGUCUGCUUGCAAGACGAAGUCCCAGACGAUGAAUCUAGUACCGCUGCGAAGUUCGUCGACGGUGAGCCAGUCAAGAGAGAGAAGGGCGGGAGGAAGUACAAGAUUGUGACCCGCGAAUAUAUGGCACAAGGACGCGACGGUUUCUUGCCAUUGAAGGACCAGAAGUAUCUGAUCGACGACGAAUCAGGACAAGUAACCAGCACCGUUGUUCGAAAGUAUCUCCUCGGAGCUCAAUUUAUCAACAAACUCGCCCGUGUCGACAAGUCUCAACCGCACCUUCACCCCGACACGCACGAGAUCAUCGCCUCCGAGCGUCGCCGCCAAAAGAAGCAAGACGACAAACACAGAGCCCAUCGUCAACCAUCUAACGCUGAGAAGAACUGGGUGAAAGCCAUCAGCUACGCAUUGCACUCUGCGAGGUCCAGUAAACACUACAGAGAUCACAUCAACGUGAGCGCGAAGGAACACAUGAGUGGGGUGGAUUGCUUUGAUGGGGAAAGCGUAAGGAAGGUGGACCACCGUGAUAAGGAUGAAUCUGGGAAAGAAAAUCAAGAGGAGAAGAAGGAUAAAGUUUUCAACGAAGAGGAUAUGUUGGUUGCGCACCCUGUCGUAGACGGGAGACUGAGAAAUGUAGGACGGGAGUAG